UCUGUUCAGACAAGGGAAGACACAAAAAAAAAAAAAAAAAAAACCCGGCCAGCGGUUUUUCUGAAACCAGUGUUUGUGUUUUUUUAUAAUCGAAAACAGUUUUUUUUUCUCAGCAAACAAACAGUUUCUAUUUUUAUUCUUUAUUAUUGUAGUUUAGAUUUAUAUUUUUUUUUUGGAAAAAAAAAUUCUGUUUGGUUGGCUAGAAAAAAGCGUUUGAAAGUACUUUGAUUUCAGUACUGGAAUAAUGUGAAGCAGUUGAGAGGAACAGUGUCAGUGAAGAGUUUUCUGGGCUGUACUUAUAAGUUACAGGUGGUUGGCUGUGACUCUGUAAGUUAGCUGUAGUUAUUGUGAAUAGUUUCUUUGUGCAAUAUAUGCAUGGAGUCAAAUUCAGGAGUUACAGUGAUAGGAGCAGAAGCUCCAUCAGCUUAUCACAUGGCACCAAGGACAGAGAAUGCUAACCAGAUUGGUGGUGGCUCAACGACAGUGGACGCCUCGCCAGUUAGUGUAGGAUUGACUGGAAGUACGGAAAAGAAGAAGAGAGGUAGGCCUAGGAAAUAUGGACCAGAUGGGACAAUUGCCAGGGCAUUGUCGCCAAUGCCUAUUUCCACAUCUGUCCCGCCCGGAGGAGGUGAGUUCUCUAGUGGAGGAAAGCGGGGAAGAGGGCGAGGCAGUGGUUACCAGAUUAAGCAUCAGAAGGGAACGGAAAUGGAGAAUUUAGGCGAGUGGGCUGCUACUUCCGUUGGAACAAAUUUUACGCCACAUGUCAUCACUGUCAAUGCUGGUGAGGAUGUAACGAUGAAGGUGAUAUCAUUUUCUCAACAAGGACCAAGAGCUAUUUGCAUUCUAUCUGCUAAUGGAGUAAUUUCAAAUGUUACACUCCGUCAGCCUGAUUCUUCUGGGGGUACUCUGACAUAUGAGGGUCGCUUUGAAAUACUUUCCUUGUCUGGAUCCUUCAUGCCAACAGAAACUCAAGGAGCAAGAAGCCGCUCUGGUGGGAUGAGCGUGUCUUUGGCAAGCCCUGAUGGCCGUGUUGUAGGGGGAGGAGUUGCUGGGCUUCUGGUAGCUGCCAGUCCUGUACAGGUUGUGGUAGGCAGCUUUUUACCGAGCAACCAGCAUGAGCAAAAGCCCAAGAAGCCGAAAAAUGAGUCCGUACCAGCUACCAUCGCACCUAACUCAACUAUAGUUGCUGAACCUGCUUCAAAUGCAGAAAAAGAGGAUGGCAUAAGUGGACUUUCACAACAAAAUACAAGUGCCCUGAAACCGAACCUUACGAACCCGGCCUUCCGAAGAGAAAAUUGGGCCACCAUGCAGGAGCCAAGAAAUUCACCAACUGAUAUCAACAUUUCUUUACCCGCAGGUUAAUUUGAUAAAAUCAGAGUCAAUUCAUCUCAAGAGUCUGACUAGAUCGAUUCCCUGAUGUUUCUUUACAACCGGUGGAGUGUAUGUGUUCUUGAAUAUUACUGUAGGAUAAAAUAGGAUUAGCAUCCCUGAUAUCCAGCUAGGUUUAUUAUUCCAGGCAAGGAGACAUCCUUUUUUCUGAUUGAUGAAUUUAUUGAUGACAAUUAAGGAGUAGUGAAUUUUUAGUCAUCUUUUCUUAAUCUGAUUUCAUUGAUAAAA